CGGCGUGGCGCGCAACACUGCUCUCGGUCGCCUCCAGUCCAUCUCAAAACACCUACCCUCACCUCCACAAAACACUCGAGCCAUGGCGACUCUGGGCAGCGCAACGAAGAAGCACAAGGUGACCAUUGUGGGGUCAGGCAAUUGGGGCACGACGAUGGCCAAGAUCGUCGCCGAGAACGUCAAGGCUCACCCUGCGCUCUUCGAGGAGGAAGUCCAGAUGUGGGUGUACGAGGAGGAGGUCACGAUCGAUGAAAAGAGCCGCCACUACGACCCCAACAGCCCGCUGUGCCAGGGUCCUCAGAAGCUGUCCGCUCUCUUCAACGAGAUCCACGAGAACAUAAAGUACCUCCCUGGCAUUACGCUCCCGAAGAAUGUCAUCGCGAACCCAUCGCUGGUGGAUGCUGCGCGCGAUGCGACGCUCCUCGUGUUCGUCAUCCCGCACCAGUUCAUCUCGCGCAUCUGCGACACGCUCCAGGGCAACAUUCUGCCAUAUGCGCGCGGUAUUUCUUGCACCAAGGGUGUCGACGUCUCUGACAAGGGCAUUCAGCUGUUCUCCGAGUCAAUCGGUGCUCGCCUGGGCAUCUACUGCGGUGCUCUGUCUGGUGCUAACAUCGCGACUGAGAUUGCGCAGGAGAAGUACUCGGAGACGACUGUUGCUUACGACCCUCCUCCCGUCGACUCGAGACAGCCUUCCCCUGCGCACUCUCCUUCGCAGUCUCAGGUCGACCUCGUCGCGCCCAACGCAGAAGAGAGCAAGCACAAGGCGGUGCUGAAGCCGUUGCCCAUCGAGUACCCGGCUCUGAGCCACGAGAACGUGAAGAAGCUCUUCCACAGACCCUACUUCCACGUUCGCAUGGUCUCGGAUGUCGCUGGUGUCUCUCUUGGUGGUGCGCUGAAGAACGUCGUCGCCCUGGCCGCCGGCUUCAUGGAUGGUCUUGGCUGGGGCGACAACGCCAAAGCGGCCGUCAUGCGCGUCGGCUUACUCGAGAUGGUCAAGUUCGGCAAGCACUUCUUCUCGGCAAGCUGCCGGGCUCAGACCUUUACCGAGGAGUCGUGCGGUAUGGCCGACGUGGUGACGAGUUGCAUGGGCGGCCGCAACUUCCGCUGUGCGAAGAUGGCUGUUGAGCGCGGAAUGAAGAUCGAAGAAGUCGAGCAGCAGGAGCUGAAUGGCCAGAAGCUGCAGGGUACGAGCACGGCCUACGAGGUGCACUCGUACCUGAAGGGCCAGGGAAUGGAGCACGAGUUCCCUCUCUUCACGGCGGUUUACAACAUCCUCGAGGGCAAGACGAAGCCCGAGGAGAUCCCCGAGCUCAUCGAGCCUAAGGACUAAACGGCUCGGGCAGUGGGGAGGGCGAAUGCCUGGCGCCCAAGAUACCCUAGAAAAAAGAUGGGUCGUCAGCAUCUUGUCCAGGAGAAAAAUCGAUGGCAUAUAUUUGGUUCCUGGGAAUUUCCAGAUGGUCGCGGUGCUUGGUUAGAGAGGUCUGUCAUACACUCGUCGCAUUGUUAGUUAGAGCGAAACAGCCAGCAAUCGAAACGAAGCCUGCCACGCAAUUUCUCUUGAUCAGCCAUGAGAGGUCUGAAAAUUGAAACCCCU